UUCAAAAAUAUAGACAGUAGCGAUCCAUAUUUCAUCCCAUUAAUUCCUAUACAUGACAUGACCAUAAAACAAGUAAUUACCCCACCUUGAGGGGCACGCACGCAAAGAUAAACGCCCCACAACACAAUCAUAAAAACCAAAAGCCUCCCUUCUCUUUCUUUCACUUUGAACUUUGAACAAAGAGACCUCCCUAUUCAGCAAUGAGAGUUCCCGUUUCGUCAUCCCCACAGGCCAAUCCAAAACCCAAUAACGCUACCCGUACCAUUGCCCUUCACAGUCACACCCCUCCCAAUCUCAACAAUACCUACGAGCCCACUUCUGUCCUUGACCUCUGUCGCAGCCCCACCACCGUCCCCCCCGAAAACCCCACCCAUCACACCCGAGACCGAGAGUGUGUGGAAGUACUUGACGACCAUGUUUUGCAUGAUUUGGAUUGGGAUUCCAUCAUGAAGGACUUGAGCUUCCACGACGAAUCCAAGACUACCAUUCUCCAACCCAAUAAUAUUAACCCAUGCGACCUCUCUGUCGGCCCUGACUUCCCACCCUUCGAUCACGCCGCAGAAUUCACCACUCUCUCCGACAUGUACUCGAACCAUAACCUGGGUAAUUACAACCUCACCACCCUCGACCAUUCCGUUCACGAUUUCAACGGCUUCGAUUUCAUCGAAGAGCUUAUCCGUGCGGCCGAUUGCUUCGACAACAACCAGCUACAACUUGCGCCCGUGAUAUUGGAGCGGCUCAAUCAACGGCUACGAUCUCCCGUGGGAAAGCCACUCCACCGAGCAGCGUUUUACUUCAAAGAAGCUCUCCAGUCCCUUCUCUCCGGUUCGAACCGGACCCCGCGGCUUUCUUCCUUGGUUGAAAUCGUGCAUAGCAUCAGAACCUUCAAGGCCUUCUCUGGAAUCUCGCCGAUCCCAAUGUUCUCUAUCUUCACCACCAACCAAGCCCUCCUUGAAGCCCUUCACGUUCAUGCCACCACCUUUAUGCACGUCAUCGACUUUGACAUAGGCCUCGGUAUUCAAUACGCUUCUCUCAUGAAGGAGAUUGCGGAGAAGGCUGAGUCAUGCAAAAUCACCUCCCCGCCGAUCCUCCGAAUCACCGCCGUCGUUCCCGAAGAGUACGCCGUCGAGAGCACGCUCGUCCGCCAGAACCUCACCCAAUUCGCUCAAGAACUCAGAAUCCAAGUCCAGGUUGAAUUCGUGCUUCUCAGGACGUUCGAGACGCUGUCGUUUAAGGCCGUCAAGUUCCUCGACGGAGAGAAGACCGCCGUCCUCUUAUCUCCGGCCAUCUUCCGCCGCCUCGUCUCCGCCGCUGCCUUCCUUGCCGACGUACGUAGGGUCUCGCCCAGCGUGGUGGUUUUUGUGGACUCGGAAGGGUGGGCGGAGGCCGCGGCAGCGUCGUCCUUCCGGCGAGGCGUGGUUAGUAGCCUGGAGUUCUAUUCGAUGAUGCUGGAGUCGCUGGAUGCGACGAUGGUAGGGGGAGCAGGUGAAUGGGUGAGGAGAAUUGAGAUGCUUCUGCUGCGCCCGAAGAUUUUGGCGGCGGUGGAGGGUGCCGGGCGGCGGGUGACGCCGUGGAGGGAGGCGUUUUACGGGGCCGGAAUGAGGCCUGUGCAGUUAAGCCAGUUCGCGGAUUUUCAAGCGGAAUGUUUGUUGGCCAAGGUACAAAUCAGAGGCUUCCACGUGGCCAAACGCCAGGCUGAGCUGGUGCUCUUCUGGCAUGAGCGGGCCAUGGUUGUCACGUCAGCAUGGCACUGUUAGAACUUAGAACAAGGAAAAUUAUAAUUGGGACAGGGGAUUAUAUGGCAUAAACAAAAUAGUGCUAUAAUAACAGUAUUGUUCUCAGGUUCCAACUUCCAAGUCCAACUUAUUAUUAUUAUUAUGGAAAAUCAAGGUAUCUCACAAAAGGAAAAAAAAAAAAAAAAAUUGGGGUUGGGGGAUGGAGAUAAACUUGUAUUUAUUCUUGACCAUUUUGAUUUUUGUAGUUUGACUUGGGGAGUCUUUCUUUGUUGGAGACUCUUGUUAUCCUAAUGAACUUUGCGGGUUUG